UCUUGUGUGAUAAAACAAGUACUAUUUUGUUAAACUUAAUGCGAUCAGUUUAGCUUUGUUCAAUAUUGCACUCUAUGAAUAGGUCGGAAAAUGUGUUUGCCCAUAGUCACAUAUUUUGGAAAGCCACUCAUUAUUAAAUAUGUUAUCGUUCGCCUUCAAUAGUUACCUCAUCUGGAUGAUCAAAUGGAUUAAUGAAAAUAUUUAAUUUAAUUUAUAACUCAACAAAGAAGUUGGAUUUGACGCGUUUGGAUUUUAUUUAAAUCUAAAUUGAAAUUAAAUAUCUACUAUAAUUCCGAUGCAUUCGAAAAUAUUUUCUUUUAAUUUACAAGCAUUCAAAGAGGCGUUUAGGGUUAAAGUGUUCAAGUGAUCGGGUAUUUGUUUACAUUAGAUGCACGGAUAUGCAUUCAAAAGUGAAUGAAAUGCCUUCAAUAGGUGCAAUCGUGGUUGGAUAGCUAAUUGAUCAUCGCAUUUUGAGCUUUCGGAUAUUCUUAUUAUGCAUAAGUGAGAUUUAAAUUAAGUAACCUGUAUACGUGUUCUGUUGAGAAACUGUGAAAAAUCACCGAUGGGAUAGGAUGGGACAAUAAAAUCCAGUGUCGCAGAAAGUCGGUUUACAAAGCUGAACAAUUGAACGUGUCAUCAAAGAACUUACAAUGUACUAGUAGACUUAGUGCAAAUUUGUUCGUUUGCUUUUUGCGCAACAUUAGUAUGCAAACGAAAAUACUUUCAAUAUGACUCAAUAUGUUCGGAACGAAACUGGAGAGAACAUUAUACUAUUUAGUGUAUACUUUAACCACAUAGCUGCUUUCGUCAAACCGGCUCAUUGCCAGGUGAUGUAAAGGACAGACUUGAAAAUAUAAAAUACUACAUAAACGAAAUGGAAACUAAAGAAAGGGUCACUGAAGACGCUUCCAAGACACAGUUUGACAAGAAGAAGAAAGUGGGCAACUACUUACUCGGGAAGAUUGUAGGGGAGGGAUCUUUCGCAAAGGUUCGACAGGGACUACAUAUAAUCGCCAGAGAAAAGGUGGCUGUGAAAAUAGUCCCGAAGAAGGCGGUAUUACUCCGCGAGUAUGUGAAGCGCAGCGUAAGGCGGGAAGCUGUGCUGCUUCAGAAGUUAGAACACCCAAACAUCGUCCAUUUGUUCGAGAUCAUGGAGACAGAAAACAGCUACUACCUGGUGCUAGAGUAUGCGGAUGGAGGAGAAUUCAUAAAAUAUCUAUCGGACAGACAGCGCCUUUCGGAAGAUGAGAGCCGGAAGUACAUUCGACAGAUGGCGUCUGCCGUGGAUCAUAUGCACAUGUCCAACAUAACACACAGGGAUCUGAAACUGGAGAAUCUGCUGUUGGACAAGGAUAUGAAUAUAAAGAUCAUUGACUUCGGCCAGAGUAAUGUGUUUUACGGCGACACGAGCCUGAACACACAGUGCGGAUCGCCAAUGUACGCAGCUCCUGAAAUAUUCUGCAGUCGGAAGUACGGAUCUGCAGUGGACAUCUGGAGCAUGGGUAUAUGCCUGUAUGCGAUGCUGAGCGGCAAGCUGCCCUUCAUGCCCGACCCUCCUAACAACCUGACCCUUCUGCACAGCCUGAUAUUGCGUGGGGUUCGAGUCCCGGACCAUGUGUCGGAUACCUGUGCAAACCUGAUUGCACGCAUGUUAGCUGUGGAUGUCUACCAUCGAAUUACCAUGGACGAUCUCUUGCUGCAUCCAUGGCUGCACGAAAAUCACGAAACCCCUCUGGUAAUUAGACAACCACCGAUUGGAAAGCUUUAUCCAACCGUUCCAAAAUCACCUAUUGUGAACUAUAUGACAACAGUGUUUAAUUUCCUCGAAGACGACGUAUUUUAUUCCGUAAUCGAACGGAAGAUGAAUGCUGUCGCUGCGACCUACCAUUUACUACAACGGCGCUAUGACGCUGGUAUUCAUAUAGUCGGAUUAUCCAUGACAAUGCCUAGCGCAAAUACCUUCCAAACAAGUUUAAGGACUGCUGACAGUGGCAAAACGUGGAAUGAAAGGGUCGAAUUUCCCUUACUGCCUUCAGAAAAUGUAGUUAAUGAUGACAGUGAAAUAACGGGACCAAAAGCUAAGUUAAAAAGUUAUAUUCAGUUGCUCAAAGACUCUAAAUUGAGGAGCGCUCAAAGCCAGCGGUCGGGAAAUGCGUUACGGCAUAAGGAUCUUACUUUGCGUCGAUAUAAAACCCGUGCUGAUAUGACCAAAUACACUCACACGAGGGAGGAAACGGGCUUUUUGCCAGAUUUUAUACUGACAUACACACAAGAAGAGCCAUCUCAAAAACCUGCCAGAAAACUGGAGAAAAGUUUCGAGUGGGAACAGACAUGCAUUGUUUCACGAAAAGAACCGAGUUCGACGAAAGCGAACAACCCUGACAACGCCAAAUAUCGGAUAAUUUUCGGCAAGUCUGCAGAUCAUCAAGAACGCGUUAAACACACGGAUGCUGACGGACGAAAAACGGCGGAUCUGUCGCUACCUGUGCCUCCAACGAGUCCUGUGUCUCCCUUCCAGCCGAAGGAACUGGACGUUUAUAACCGCUCUGAGACCGGGGUGGACAUUUCAAUCGGCGCACAGAGUCUGAAAAGAAUAGACACAUUUGAACAAGACUCUAAACAUACUGAUAAAGAUACUGAGCGAAAGGAGGUCAAACCGAAAGACAUUCAAGUGCAUGUUGUUAAAAAAGACUCUGCAAAGUCGCCAAGAGUCAGUGAUCCUUAUGGAAAUGAAUCUUGGUCGACAUUUCAGCGCCAGAAAACGCAGCUUGCAAAGACCAUAGGGCAGAUAGAUCGGAGAAGCAAUCACGUGGCCUUUCAAUACGGACUUCCCAUCACCAAGCCUAAAACGCUCACCACGCGGGAGGCGCGCUCUUACUUCGAAGAAUUUGAACAUGCAAAGGUUAUUGGACAAGGUAGAAGACUUCUCGAAAGGACAAACACUUCCACGAAGAUCGAAGACACUAACGGAGGAAACUGGAACCGGAAGUCGUACACCGCGGAUGCACACCGUGAUCUUCCCGACAUCCGCCAUCACGCGAGCGCCUUUACGCGGUCGCCGCCAGGUGGUGCCGGUGAGAUCGCCUUCCGAACGGUUGACGCAAAUGGGAUUCUACACUUUCCGAGUGUGACGCUGCAAGCUGAGCAGACGAUCUUUGAGGUUCACCCCCCUAUGAGCCCUCCGCGACAGACGGUAGAAGACGGCGUAACAGACAUCAUCCGAGUCCAUAUUACUAGUUCGGCUAAAUAUUGAGACAUACGUAGACAUUUCAGACGUAGACUUUGCAGACGUAAACAUUUCAAAAAUCUUUUUAUUUGCUUACAUGCAUAUUUAUUUCUUUGUUUGUUAAAAACACUGCAGAGAUUAAACGUUUAUCUUUAUAGACAAUCUUAAGUUGUGUAUGAAAUAUGUAGUCAUAUUAUAUUUUGUAUAUUAAAUACAUGCAUUUGCCAACGUAUCUAUGAAAAGCAUUGCAAACUAUG